AUGGUUGCUCACAAUGAAGUAUGUCGACACGCACGUAUUCUCCCGACUCACAAUUCGCAGUUUAGCGUUUCUGCGCCGUCCAAGGAUUCUCCCGACGAAGGGACCAUAGAGAUUACCCUCGCGUCGCCGUUCAGCCUUGAGGACGCUGAGGUAUCGCAUAAGCGCGACGAACGCUGGGAGCGCACUCUAGAAUGGUUGCAGUUUCAAAGGCAGCGUUUUGACCGGCGGCUGCUCUGCAUCCUCAGCGGGCAAUUCUGCUGGGCAGUGCGACUGCACAGCACAAUACUGCAGCGAGGGGGUGCCUUCCUCGACGCCAUCAGCAUUGGAAUGGUUACCGCGUUGCGUACAGCUCGCAUACCCAACGUGCAAGUGCUCAUUCGAGACGAGCUGGAGCGCUCUCUACGUGGGACCAACGUCCGCGUGAGGCUUGCUGAAGGUCACAACCUGGAUCUGCAGAAGAUCGCGCUACAGCUCCCAAUCUGUGUUACCGUCGCAAAAAUUGCCGACUACCACGUUUGGGCGGUUACACACGAGGAGGCAACCUGCGCUGACGGCUUCCUCACCGUGGCUGUGUCGCCAGAAGGGCGCUGCAUAGGCAUGACCGCCGCAGGUUCAUGCUUUCAGGUGCCAUCUAUCGCAACUCUCGUUGAAAAGGCGUGCCGAGUGGGAGUCUCACAACACCAGUAUAUACUCAGCGCAUUGUAG